GGCUGACUAACAGGUUGAAAUUAGAGUCUCUUACAUCUCAACAUGGAUUUGAUUGGAGAAUGAAGAAAACUCUUUGUUAUCUUUUUUAAGUCUCCGGCAUCUUCUGCUCUAGCAGCAGCAAUGGGUUGGCUGUUAAUCUAAUUUUUUUAUUUUUUUGUUCCUGGGAGGACAGCCUGAACCAUGAGUCUGCAGGCUCAGCCUAAGUCAUCAGCCAAGAGGGCUGGGAAGCGGAUUGCAUUUUUUGGUGAGCAGAGUGUCCCAAUGAAAGAGACACAGCAGCAACAGCUUAAAGGAGGACAGUAUUAUGGGCAUGGAGGGAGUGUACCUUCCUCUCAAGCUAUGGAGCUCUCCAAAUCAGGGGUAUUCACUGGCGUCCCCAGCAAUGCUGCUUUGCUGAACUCUAUUUAUGCUCCUGAUAGAGGCGAGUCACGGAUGACUCCCCAGCAGCUGGCUACUAUCAAGUGGCAGAACUCACUGAUGGGGAACCAGGUUGCUGAGAGGGAUGAUGCCAGUUGGCAGCAUCAGCCUGGAGGAUGGAACCAUGGGAUGGUGUAUGGAGGCAGCCAGAAAGGAGGGCAUCCCAACGCCAGUAUCCCAGGUUUCUACAACCAUCCAGGUGCCCUGAAAAGAAAUCGGGAGAAAGGUGUGGUGGUGUCUCAGCUAGACCUGUAUGGAGAUGCUGUCCAGCAGAUGAUGUCUCAGAAAGCCCAGCUGGAGCAGCAAACACUAGCUAGGCAGCAGGCCCAGAUGAAUUAUCAGCAGCUGCAAAAGCAGCAGCAGCAGCAGCAGAGUCAGUCCCUGCCUCUGCAGUCUUUCCAGGUUGCCUUUGGCCACCAGGGCCAGAAGCAUCCUGAGCUGUUGCAUGUCUUUCAGCAGGCUCCCACUUCUUCCAGCCCAGCUUUCACCACCCAGCAGAAGCAACAAGCUCUUCCACAGUUGCAGCUGUUUGAGAACUUCUAUCCCCAGCAGCAGCAUCACCAACAGGCAGGCAUGCAAGCUUUUGGCAUUCAGCAGGCCGCCUCUGUAGCACAGCCUCAUGUAGUGGCACCGCCUCAGCCCACCCAGCAUCACAUGGUCGCCCAUCAGUUCCACCCAGUUCCCGAGAGGAACCAGGAGCUGCUAAAAGCCCUAACGGAACAGAACCCGCAGACUGUACUACCUCAAGCUCAGAUCUCCCUUCCAAGGAGAUCACGAAGACUCUCUAAGGAAGGUGUCCUGCCAGCAUCUGCUGCAGAGGAAGUACUGGCAUCUAGGCCAGCUGAGGAGUAUCCUGGUAAUGCGCUGUCACAUCACUGGCAAACACAGCAGCAUCCAGAAAGUCAGUUUCAACACCCGUCUGAAACACACAACAGCAUCAGAGAGAACUAUUCACAGCUGAACAAAGUGGAAAUAGAACACGGGGAGAUGGCAGCUGGUGGUGAAGUGGAGAAACCAGGCACAUAUGAAAGUGCCAUUGAGGGAGAAAGGCAGGUGGCCACAACUGAUGGUGUUAGCCAGAGAACUAAUGACUUUGGAGGAGUUAGAGGUGGUGUCAUCCAGAGCACCCGGAGAAGGCGACGUACUUCCCAAGAAGCAAACUUGCUAACCCUGGCACAGAAGGCUGUGGAGCUGGCUUCUCUUCAAAAUGUCAAGGAACCAGAAAUUUCCGAAGAAAAGAACAAAAGCGAGGUGGCGGCAGCACCACCACCAAGGAGUGUUGUGGAAUAUGCCAGUUCUCCACCAGCCCCAAAGAAAGCCCGAGAAGAUAUUAUGCCUCUCAUCAUUCCUGUGUCUGUGCCGGUGAGGAGACUGGAUUCUCAUGAUACUGGCAGGGAGAAAGGUGAAGAAGGGAAGUUCCAGCGGUUCAUGACAAAUGACCGUGGCCUUUCUGAAAGCAAACCUUCUGUAAUAGUCACUAGGAGACGGUCCAAUCGCAAUUUGAACAUGGACAUGUCUGCUCAGCAUGAAGGCUCUGCUCCAAAAGAAGAAAUGGAAGGGUUUGCCCGGAAACCAAAGCAGCGGCCCAGGCCGGAGCCUCUCUUCAUACCACCAAAAGCCUUUAUUGCUCCUCCAGUCUAUUCCAACAUCACACCAUACCAGAGCCACUUGCGCUCACCUGUACGCCUGGCAGAUCAGCCUUCCGAUAGGAACUUCGAGCUACCGCCUUACACUCCUCCACCAAUACUCAGUCCCGUGCGAGAGGGCUCAGGACUGUAUUUCAAUGCUAUUCUUUCUGCAAGUGGUAACUCUGUUCCACCCCCCAUGACUCCUAAAAGUUCACACAGGACUCUGCUCAGAUCCAACAGUGCAGAAGUCACCCCUCCUGUCCUUUCAGUGAUGGGAGAGGCUACUCCAGUCAGCAUUGAACCACGUAUCAACGUGGGAUCCCGUUUUCAAGCAGAGAUCCCAGCUCUUAGAGAUCAGUCCCUAGCAGCUUCUGACAAGCCCAAAGCGGAUCUGGUGUGGCAACCAUGGGAGGAACUUGAAAAUAACACAUCUCUCCAAGAGAACGUGGAAAAUCUGCUGACUGCUGCUUGUUCAAGUAUAUUUCCUGGAGGUGGUACCAAUCAGGAGCUGGCAUACCACUGCUUACAUGAAGCAAAAGGAAAUGUUCUGGCUGCUCUGACCAAAAUGCUGCUGAAGAAGUCUGUGCGGUCUCCAAACCACCCACUGGUGGACUAUCACUACACGGGAUCAGAUAAGUGGAGUGUACAGGAGAAGAAGCUCUUCAAUAAAGGCAUUGCUAUCUACAAGAAAGACUUCUUCCUAGUCCAGAAACUUAUAAAAACCAAGACUGUAGCCCAGUGUGUGGAGUUCUAUUAUACAUAUAAAAAACAAGUGAAAAUAGGCCGCAAUGGAGCCCUAAUCUUUGGGGAUGUCGAUGCUACUACUGAAAGAGGUGUUAAAGAUGAAGCUGAAGUAGAUAUUAAGAGUUCCCAUAGGCUUACACGUACUCUUCCUCCCAGAACAUAUAAUGAAGAUUAUGAGAACAGUGACGAUGAGGAGGAGGAAGAGGAGAGAGAGGAAGAAUUGACCAUAAAAGAAGAAAUAAUAGAAGAGGAAGAGCUACAAGUCAAGAACAGCAGCACAAUGCCUUCCAAGCCCACACAGGUUUUACACACCAAAGACCAGGCUGGCAGCAUCCUUUCAGAAAGGUGUUGGGAGUCCGGUGCUCCUCGAGGGACAGAAUCUAGAGGGAGAGCUUCAAGGAGGACAAAAGAGACCCCCAUUAAAUAUCGAAGGACUUCUCCACCUGCACAGAAGAGAAAAAGAAAGCCAAAGCCUAAACAAGACACCACCACCAAAGGCCAGAACCAAGAGGAAGAAUUUCCAUGUAAAAAAUGUGGCAGAGUCUUCUACAAGGUGAAAAGCCGUAGCGCUCACAUGAAGAGCCAUGCUGAGCAGGAGAAAAAGGCAGCUGCUCUGAAGCAGCGAGAGAAGGAGGAAGCCGAGGCGGCGGCAGCAGCGGCAGCAGCUCGCAGCCAGGCACAACGUGAACAGAGCAGUGACAGUGGCGGCAGCAGUGGCAGCAGCAGCUCCAGCUCUGAUGAAGAUGGAGAGGCUUAGCGAAGGGGCCGAGGAGGCUGAGAGCACAGCCAGGCUGGAGCACCUGACGCUUCACACACUUGCAUCUGUACUUUUCCUCAUCUAGGCAGAUUCCAAACUCCUUCCUUCCACUUGCCUUGCUAAAUACUGCUGGAGUUGAACUGGUGGAUUAAAAGUAUAAUAUGUGACCUUGAAAUUUUUAUUUUUGAAAAAGAGCCAACAUUUUAUGAAUCAUUUUAUUUAUAAAUUGAAGAAAUGACUACAGAGUAGGACUCAGUUUUCCUUCCAUACAAACCGACCUUUCUUGUACUUAUCAGGAAUUGUAGUAAGCCUUAGGCAUGACAUCCACACCUGAGGAGAAGAAGAAUGUGCAGAGACUAAAUGUGUCUAAAUGUUGACACAAGUGACUUUAAGAACUUUCCUAAAUAACUCAAGGAAUCCAUAACUUUCCCUCCAACUGCUGUUUCCUGUCUUAUAGUUUUUUGUCCAGUUCCACACUUGCUACUGGUAUCAGUCCAUCUACUUAGCGAUACAAGCAAUAAAGGUUUUUCCUCCUCUUUCACAUAUUUUCUACAGCAGGUAGGUGCCAAAACAAGCCUUUUUUUGGACAUGACAACCCCCCCCCCCAAGACUUGAGAGAACAAACCUUCAAAA